GUCGUGCCGAUUCAUUCCAAAUUCAGCUUUCCAGGCGAGAGCAAGUCAGCCCCCACAUUCGUCUGCUCACUUUCGGAAGGAUAUGCCCCGUCAACGCUCGGAAAGUCCGCGAUCCACAGGAUCCAUGCGCCGCCAAAGCAGUCGGAGCAGCCAUGUCUUCGCCACCAAGCCGCCGCGUGGCAGCAGCAAGGAUCUGCCGGCAGUGCAGCAGCCCAAGAAGGAAUCCCUGCCAGCUGCAGCGCCUGCUGCCUCGGCAGCGCCCGCCACAGAGGCAAAGGGUCCCACGGCAGGAGAAAGGUUCAAGGACAUGGCCACCACGGCUGCUGGCGUGGCAGCAGGAUCCGCUGUGGGCCACGCGGUGGGCGCAGGACUCACCGGCAUGUUCCAGGGGCGUGGUCAGGCCGCAGCCCCGGCAAAGGAGCAGCCUCAGCAGGAGGGCUCCCCGGGAACUCCAGCACGACCGCAACUGGUUGAGGAUGGUCCCUGUGCCUUCGAGCUGAGGCAGUUCCUCAAGUGCACCGAAGAGAACAGUGGGGAUCUCUCCGCCUGCAGGGAGUUCAACGAGGCAAUGCAGCAGUGUCGGCGGCGCUACAACGUCUGAGAUUCAAUGCAAAGGUGAUCCGGAUCAGAGAAGCUAAUCAAAUAAUUAUUCUAACGCAUAUAUGUACAUACAUUCAGCUUUAGUUUGCCUGAAAAUAGAUAUUUUUUGAAAAAUA